UGGCGACGCCAAUAGUGUUUGUAAUCCUGCUGACAAAUAUAUUUGUAAGCGUUACUUUCAAUAAGCAAAGAUCACUUUUAAUUGGUCCUGUUCAUACUUGCAGGCGCUACACUUAACAUUGCUCUGAGGCUGAUUCUUACUUGUAUGUUUUGUAAAAUAAACAUGCUUCCGUCACAUUAUGCUGCUGUUGUUGAAGCGAAGAGCGGCCAUAUUAAAACGUAAAGUCCUAACACAUACAAGUCCUAACUAUGGGUACCAGUCAUUCCUCUCCGUUUGCCAGUAGGAAAUCCGGCUUCGAAGGGCAUUCCAGUUGAUUUAUCCGACUGGGAUUAGGAAUUUCCCAGUUCCGAGUACAACUAGAAUGCAACAUUAAUUAAUUAGCACCUGUUUUGACACGAGCGGCUGCUUGAAGUGGAAAAUGACUUUUGAAAUCCUUAUUUAUAACGCUUUUUCGGACUCAAAAGUGAAGGCAGAGAGAGCGGGAAAGAGGUGGAGUGGUGACAGAGCAGCGGAGAAGUGACACAAAUCAAUGUGAGCACCCAAACCACCAGCAGCGGCAACAGCCUCCCCGACCUCCAUCACCCCUCCGCCUUUCCCCUGUGAGAGACCAGCUGAGACGGACUCCAAGAGGGGGACUCCUUCACAGCACUCCACCGGAGUGAAAGGGCUCUGUACACAGGAACAGCUUUUUGCCAUUUUUCUCUUGAGGUCAUUCAUCAAUUCCUGGUCCAGGAGAACGAGAAACGCAGAUGGUGAGCUGAGGCAGAAGAGCAGAAAGGUGACAGAGGAGACGAAGCAGAUUCAAAAGACGGAUGUCUUCCAAGCGACCAGCCUCUCCAUAUGGGGGGACAGAUGGAGAGGUAACCAUGGCAACCAGCAGACAGCGAGUGGAGGACGAGGAGAGCGAGGGACCAGGCGGUGUCAUCCACCUCCCUCUGGCCUCCUAUUGCGGAAAGGUGUCCCCUCACUCGCCCCCCAGCCGCCACUUGGAUAGCCCCCCCAGCACAGAGCACGAUGGCAUCAAGGGGAGCUCUCUGAGUCCUUACCCACAGCACAACGCUACCUCACCGGGCAAAGAGGAGGGCGGAGGCGGGGGGAGACCCUGCAGCGACGGCGGCUCGGCAACCGGCACCCUGGGGACCCCCGAGAGACGCAAGGGCAGCCUGGCGGACGUCGUGGACACGCUGAAGCAACGCAAGAUGGAGGAGCUGAUCAAAAACGAGCCAGAAGAGGCCCCCAGCAUUGAGAGGCUGUUGUCAAAGGACUGGAAGGAUAAACUUUUGGCCAUGGGCUCAGGGCACAUCGGAGAAAUUAAAGGUACCCCAGACAGCCUGGCGGAGAAAGAGCGCCAGCUCAUGGGCAUGAUUGGCCAGUUGAGCAGCCUGAGGGAGCAGCUUCUGGCGGCGCACGAGGAGCAGAAGAAGCUGGCCGCCUCACAAAUGGAGAAGCAGAGGCAGCAGAUGGAGCUGGCCAAGCAGCAGCAGGACCAGAUUGCCCGGCAACAGCAGCAGCUCCUGCAGCAGCAACACAAAAUCAACCUCCUGCAGCAACAAAUCCAGCAGGUCCAGGGCCAGCUCCCUCCACUGAUGAUUCCCGUGUUUCCUCCUGACCAGCGGACCCUGGCGGCCGCCGCCGCCCAGCAGGGCUUCCUGAUGCCCCCUGGCUUCAACUACAAGCCUGGCUGCAGUGACCCUUACCCUCUCCAGCUCAUCCCCACAACAAUGGCCGCCGCCACGCCCGGCCUGGGCCCCCUGCAGCUACAACAGUUGUACGCCGCUCAGCUGGCGGCCAUGCAGGUCUCCCCGGGGACGAAGCAGCACGGUGGCAGCCUCGCGCCGCAAGCCAACCUGGGCGCUCACUCCCCACCCACCAACUCACAUCCACAGGGUGACAAGAACCGCAGCUCCCCAUCUUCAAACAAAAACAAGGACAGUGAGGGUGCACAGCCACUGAACCUGUCGGCCAAGCCUAAGGCAUCCGAGAGCAAGUCACCCAACUCCCCCCCAACUUCCCCACAGGUUCCCGCUGCCGCUGCCGCCACCACCAAGCUGGGUCCCGCCGGCUCCAUGAAGCACAGCGCCGUGCCCUCCAGCAUCGGAGCGCCGUCCACCAGAGUCAGCUCAAUAGCAGACUUGUUGUCUUCGUUGUCGUCGACAGCCUACCUGAACGACCACGAGGCGGUGAGCAAGGCCUUCGCAGAGGCCCGGCAGAUGAAGGAGCAGCUGAAGGGGGAGCAGCAGGCCCUGGACGCCAAGAUGGCCUCCGUCAGCAACCUCAGCCUCAACAACGGCCGCUCCGACAAGGACAAAGCUGCCUUGGAGAGUUUGAGUCAGCAGCUGAAGCAGCAGGCCGACGACAAGUUCAGCCACGCCAUGCUGGACUUCACCAUGAGUGGAGACUCCGACGGAUCCCCCAGCGUGUCCGACUCCAGAAUAUUUCGGGAAACGCGUGGCAGGAGCAACAACGAGCCGCACAUUAAGCGGCCGAUGAACGCCUUCAUGGUUUGGGCCAAGGACGAGAGGCGGAAGAUCCUCCAGGCCUUCCCAGACAUGCACAACUCCAACAUCAGCAAGAUCCUCGGCUCGAGGUGGAAAGCCAUGACCAACCUGGAGAAGCAGCCUUACUACGAGGAGCAGGCUCGCCUCAGCAAGCAGCACCUGGAGAAAUACCCGGACUACAAGUACAAGCCGCGGCCCAAACGCACCUGCCUGGUGGACGGCAAGAAGCUGCGCAUCGGCGAGUACAAGGCCAUCAUGAGGUCCCGCAGGCAGGAGAUGAGACAAUACUUCAGCGUAGGGCAGCAGGGCCAGCUGCCCUUAUCCUCCGCAGGCAUGGUCUACCCAGGUGCCCUUUCAAUGGCAGGGAUGCCCUCCCCCCAGAUGCCCUCAGAGCACUCAAGUAUGUCCAGCAGCCCAGAGCCCAACGCCAACCACCACCAGAACCCCCACAUGCCCGGACUGAAGGGGGACGAGCCACGGAUCAAGGAGGAGGAGCUGCGGCUAGACGACAGCAACGGUGACGUGUACGAUGAUUUUGACUACGAGGACGAAGAGGCCGACUACGCCAGCGACAACGACAACCAUAUCCCCCAUUAAGGCGGCACCGGUCGCGCUCUACAGAUUCUAAACACAUCAGUCAGGAAGAGGAGUUUGAAUUUCACCAAUCACCUCAAGUUUAAAAGAUAAAAACACCUCCCAUCCCCUCUUCUCCUGACUAACACGGACUCUUUUGGCAGAGCCAGUUCCCCCUUCCCCUCCCACUGGAGUCCUGAUACCAGCAUCUGAUCAAUCAAUGGAAGCACAGGACCUGUCACUCACACUGACUGUUACACAUGCUGGAGUCUGGGAGGAAGCCAGUUUAAAGCUCACUGAGGAAUAUUCAAGUACUACUGCGAGAGUGUGACGCCACAAGUGAGAAGACGUUUAUAAAAAUCAACCCUUUUCAGUCCGAUCCGGAGGGAAAGGAGACAUUUUAAACUGAAAAACUAAAACAGCGGACCUGUCAAAGGCUAACAGAUGACACUUUAGGACGGCGGACCUGUUUAUUAUCAAGAGACACUUUUAAGAAACAGCUUUUUUUGUUCUUUGGUUCUAUAAUAUUCUCACUCAGGUACACGGUGCCAAUAAGUGGCUUGUGAAUGUGAUUUGUUGUUUUUUGUGCUACAAGUUUGAAUAAUAAUAGAAAAAAAAGAGACUUUUCUUUUUUUUUUCCCUCCCUUUUGUUGUAAAGCACCUGAAAGACAUCAGACCUUUAUUUUUAACUGAAUCCUCAGCCUAGCGGUGUGCUAUCGGUGCCUCCACUCGCCUCUCUUUCUCUCCCCCCGCCGCUCAGGGGGAGGAGACAGAGGGGACCCCAUCGAGGGGGGGGAGGCGUCCCGGAGAGGAAUCGAAAGCACUGUGUUUGUGAGACAAUCCACGAGUUUUCUUCUCACUCCGUCCCUCCUGUCUCCAUCUCGAUAUUGUGUAGGGCAAAAAAAGAAAAAAAGUUUAAAAAUCAUCAACAGCACGACUCCGCCUGAAACAUCCGACAGGUGGGCGUCGGUGUGUGUUGCUUACAGCACUUUUGUUUUUGGUUUAGAGCGACAACAAAAAAAAAAAAAAAAAAAAAAAAAAAAAAAGGAGCUAAAACAAAAUCUUGAAGGAUAAGAAACUUGUUCUGCUGCUGUUAAUGCGCUGUAACACACACACACACAAACACACUCUCACACACACACACACAGAAAGCUAUUGUUGUGUCUAAGUGUUUUCUGCUCCCUCCAAUCAACGUCGUCCUGCUGUAAGCCAGUGGGUGGAGCUGGAGUGCAGUCAGUGUUUCUGUAUUUUAUUAUUAUUUUUCUUUAAAACUGCCUCUAGUCUAAUAUUAUUAUUAUUAUUAUUAUUAUUAUUAACCAUAAUUAAGAGGAUGGUCAGCAUUUCCUGAGUUAAGUAAGUUAUGUACAGUAUAAUUUAUUUUUCUCCUUAUCAGGUUUUUGUGACCGUAUAAAACGGUCACUGAAACAUUAUUCUAUUUAGCUGGUAGGAUUUAGAUUUAAGCAGAAGUUGUCCUUUUAUCUUGCUUUGUUUUUGUUUGUUUGUCUUUCUUUUCCCCUCCUAAAUCUGUUUUGACUUAUAUUAACCCCUGCGGACGGAUGUGUGGCGCAGUUAGGCCAGCGAGCUCCUCUAAAGACGCUGAAGACUUUUUUUAUUUUAUUUUAUUUUAUUUUAUGUCCAUGCCCAUUUCUACGAAGCACUCAGACUCUCUGCAGUCAGAGAUAAAGAACAUUAAUAUUUUUUAUUAUCAUUAUUGUUAUAAUUUUAUUUGUAAUGAUUAUCACCAUGUACAAUGUGAAGGUUUCCUCUUUCUUUGUUGUUUACUUUGAGAAUGAUUUGAAGAAUUUCUGUGAACAAAAGACCUUUUCCCCGUUUACUAGCGGAGCCGCCUCGCCGAGACGCAGUGAAACGUCUGCUGGGAUCAUCAAGCCCCGCCCAGAAGUUUACAUACUCUUGAUCGGCAUGAAUGUCAAUUGAUUAGCGCAUUUGAACAUUUCUUAUUUUAAGCUAGACUGAUAGGAUAUAUUUAAAAAAACAUACAUUUUAAAAAAAGGAAUAUGUUGUAUAAAACAAGAGUCAGAAUUGUUUUAUAUGUCUUGUUAAACACCUUAGCAAGUUGUACUUGAAUUCUGUCUGAUUAUUGACCACUGGCUCUUUAAAUUGCUCAGUUUGCAUGAAGACUGCAGCAUAGGCCAUACAUUAUGAAUAAGGCUAAAAUUGGGAGUGGUCAGCAAACGAUGCUAGCCUGCUUUAACUAUUCUGAAACCAGUUUUGUACGUUUUUAACUGGUUGCUUCCAACAGGAUAACCAAUUUAUGUGACCAUCUAGCAGAAUCACUGACAUCAAAACAUUUGCACAACAUGAUGAGGCUAUAAAACCAUGUGUAGUGGUUGGUGCAGCUUUCUUAAUUUUACAAGCAUCACCUUGAUUCCUCCAAUCAAUCUUGCUUCAUCUAAGGCCAUGCAAUAGGACUUCAGCCAUUGUGGUUUCUGGGUGGUUCCAGAAGAUUCUAACCAAUUUCUCCUCGUUUAACGAGUCGUUGGACAUUAAGACACAGUUGGGUGUCCCAAACUCAUGUUCAAUCUAGCUCUGGAUUGGCCCUGACAAUAUGCAUAUUCAAACCUUUAAUUUCAGACCGCAUCCAGAUGAUGAACGUUCUCAAAGGGGCUGCAGAGUGGCUUACGUAAUGAUAAAACUAUCAGUUAAAAUGUUAUAAUUUUAACAUCUUUUCACACUAAUGUAAUUUGGUCCUAUACAAAAAAAAACUGAUUAGAGUCGACCGAUAAAAUAGUACACAGGUUAUCUUAAAGUUCAGUUUAUGUGGGUCAUUUUUUUAUUUUUUAUUUAAGAGCUAUAGAAAUUUAAUUCAUCAUUUAAACUCCCGUAUUUGACAUUCAUGCUGAUUCAACCGUCUUCACCAAAACACAAUAUGAAGAGAUUAUUAUUGAAACUAAACAAAUCCUAUGCUGUUUUUUUUUUUUUUUUAAACCCUGUACAUAUCUAGAAUGUUUUUGUAAUAGCAGUGAUUUUCUUUCAUCCGAUCGUCGUCAUUAUCACAGGAGAGCAGCGUUUACUCUGGCCCAGCAGGAGUGUUUCACCGUGUCGGCAUGUCAGGCGGCCCGGCGGUUUCUCUAACCUCCCUCAUCAGGAGCCCUUUGCUUUGUUUGAGCUCCACGCGACGCUACAGGAGCCAUGACUACUCUUCAGGUGUGACGUCGCUUAAUGAUCCCCCCCCAUCUAUUUUAUUUGAUUUUUUUCUUUAAAUCGCUAUAUAAAUGUUCCACAUAAAGAGCUUCUGGGUCUUAAUUAUGCUGUAAAGUCACCCCUGUUAUCACCACACUGUUGCUGGAGAGAGGAAUCAGGAGAGCGUGUGGGGCAUUAAAGACAUCAAUCAUCCCUGCUGGCAAGGUCUGUCCCCAGAACAAGACAAUGAAAAUAUUAUUUAAGACAAUCAGUCACGAGUGGAGCUCACAACAAAGUAAGAAUUAUUACAACAAAAAACUAUCUUACCAUCUCAACUUGAAAAAAAAAAAAAAAAAUCAAGAAAGAUAAUUAUGUAAAUAUAACAUAGAGUUAUAGAUUUAUAUUUUGUUCAUAACACAGUGUAAUAUAAGUUGUAUAUUUCUUUUUUUUUUUUUGGUUUUCUCUCCCUACCGUCUCUUUUAUUGAUGUUUAUUCAUGCCACAGAAAAGUGGAGUCGCAGUACUCUCUCAAAAAAAUGAAAAAAAUAUCAACGAAAUAAAGAAAAACAGGAAAAAAAAAAAAAUCCGUGGGUUGCCACCACCAUCUGUUCUGAGUUCACUUUUUUUUUUCAGUAUUACUGCCAGACGAGGCUCUAAUAAAGACAGCAAUGUGUUGAGUAAAACUUGUGCUGGUCCUGCUCAUUUUUUCCCGCCACUAACUUUCAUAUUGACACACUUUUUUUUUUCCUACACCAAUAAAGUGUGGUGUCGAUAAAUACUUGGACGCAGAGUAAGUGCAGUCAGAAAUGUCUUCCUCAGGUCUUAUUUUAUUAUUAUUAUUAUUAUUAUUAUUAUUAUUAUUAUUAUUAUUAUGUGAGCCAUCAGCAAAGUUGAGAGGGAAGAAGAUGAAGAAUCACAGCCUGUUAGCAACCAGAUAACCUAAUUAAGCACAACAAGGGACACUUUAUUGUAAAAAAAAAGAAAAAGAAAAACAUGUCUGCUGUCACCUGGUUUAAAAAACCCCCGCAAAUGUAUAAUUGAUGCUUGCUUAUGGAUGUUGAGGAUGUUCGUGCCUUCGUUUUCCGGGGUCAAAAACACCAAACCCCACUCAGCGCGCCCAUUAAAAUGCUGUCCCCAUCUGCGUCCAUAUGUUCCACAAUCAACCCCCACAGCCUUUGCCCGACGCGCCGCGCAUAAAAACAAGCUAAAUGCAUUCAGAGGACAGGAUUUUAUGUGCUUUGUUAAUUACCAUAACUUCACACACACACACACACACACACAUGCGCACACACACUCCCCCACAUCCCCCUAAAAAAACACCUUUUGAUGCAAUAAAAAGCCAAGAUGGGGGCAGAUUCAAAACUCACGGAAUAAAACGCUAAGUGAAGGAUUCGGUUUGUCUGGGCCACGUGAAUUUUUCAGAGGCGGCCCGAAGGCAAUAAAACCUGAGAAAGAGAAAAGGUUUGUGUGUGUGAAUAGCUGAGGAGCAGGGAAAAAAAAAAAAAAAAAAGAGUUUGGAUUUUUAUUUUAUUGUCAGCAGUACGGGAAUGCUGAAGGUAGCAAACAGUGGUUAGCCUCCGAUUAAAUCACACACACCCUAAGCUGGGCUGGAGGUGGGCAAUUCAGAAC